AUGCAAAACCUCAUCCAUGUUGCCAAAUUUAACUCAACAUCAAUAAGGUCAUUGUGGUCAGGAUGUAUGAUCUAUCAUCACAUGCUAUCCUUCCUCCUUGAAACCUGACCCACUUCUCCUUUGACCCCUGUUACUGCUGGCUCCUGUUUGUCCGAAUGAGCUGCAGGAUGAAGGCAAACCAACAAAGCAGCAUGAACCCACUGAACCAUAAUGGGACCGACCUGGCUUACGACCACAAAGCCACUUCCUGUAGUUCCUUCAGCUUCUUCAAAGUAUUGUCUGAGAUCCAUUGAGUCUUAACAAGCCUACCGCAGAGAUGAUGAGCUACAUUCAAAUAAGAUUCAUUACUGUGAUCGUUGGGAAAGAAAUUCCACCAUGUUGACAAGCCACUUUUCUCUUAUCCUCAAGCAAUUGUUUGACUCUCGCAGAGGGCAAGCGCUUCUUUGGGAUGUCUUGUGUAGGUGUUGUCAUAGCAAGUGGAUUUAUGGAUCUUAUAUGGUCUCUGUUGGUCUGUUUGAUGAAUUAGGCAAUGCAGAAGUGGAUAAUGUUGCUAUAAUAAGCCUUCAUAUCAGCUCGGACAGGCUUUCCAUUACACUGAAACAACUCUGCUCUUAUGAGGACACUUAGUUCUCAUACAUUAUUUACAGAACAUGGAGACUUUAUACUGAAAGUAUUAAAAACAUAAAUAUUUAUUUUAUGAGAUAGAGUUUCCAUACUGUCUAAUUUUAUCUGUAGUCUAAAUUAAUGCAACACAGUGCAGAGUUCACUCUCACAGGACCAUCAAUAACACUGACAGAGCACUGGAUACCACAUCUGGGAAAAUGGAGGAAGUGAAAGCUGUUUAUGCCGAUGACAUCCAAAACUGCCAGUGAACAGUUUUUUUGUCCUUGAGGACGAUGGAGGCCACGCAGAGGACCGACACUUACUGUAUUUCCUGCAGGAAUUAAUCUAUUGUGUGGGUUCUGAAAUCUGGCUGACAUUGAGGUAACUGGAGCCUGUGGAAACACUUAAGGAAGAGGUUUGUGUUCUCUCCUCUGCUGGCUCUCUGCCCACUUAAUUCAUUAAGUUAAAGUGUACCAGAGGGCCGUACUACACUGCAUGGGCUGAUCAUUCACCAGUGAAGUUAAUGGAAGUCACAACACAGGCUGCUCAUUUGGCAAUGCCGGUGGUUCCCAGAGCCAGUUCUCAAGACACUGUCCAACAAAGGUAAUAGGCAAUAGGUUUGAGCUGCGACAGGACAUUUUAAUUAUAAGUGACAGAACAGAAACACUACAAGCAUUGUGCAUUUGUUCUAAAACUCACAUUUUAAAUUCCUAAAUUUCCCAGCUCUGUGUUUAACGACACAUUCUUCCUUUGAUAUCAAGCCAUAAUUUCCAUCGGGUUUCCCCACAAGAAAACUACAUGACAACAUUAAGUCACCAUCUGAGUGUGACCUUAGAGGUGAAGUCUCCUAAUGAGGAAACCUGCAAACUGGCUCCAUCAUUUGUCUAACGAGGUUUCACUUCUCUGCAUAGCUGAGUGUCAAGAAGCAGGUGAGUACAAAGCAAGAAGGGAAGGACCCAAAUGCAGAGACAGGAAAGGGCUCAGUGAUUUAUUGGCAAAAGUAAACAGAAGUAACUGAGGGCCCACAACUAACACAAGCACAGAUAUACCCCAAAAGGUGGUUUGAGUCUUUGCCCUUUUGCCCCAGACUUGACAAGUGCCCUCUUGGCUGAUGUUAACUAUUAUAUAUACCUCCAUCUCUCAAUGAGCUGAAUUGUUCUGCCCUAAAAUCAGUAUCGUAUUGGCCCUAAAAAAAAAUAAAAAAAAAUCAGUCAGGCUCUCAAUCUGUUUGUAUCCUUCCUAAUUUUACGUUCUGGAGAAACCCACUGAUCUAAUGUGACUGAAGGGGUCUAAACAACUGAACAAUUAAUGAAUUUAACGAAAACAUGUCCAUUAUGUGUGGUAUAUAGAAUUUGUAAGUGGAGUGCUCCUUCAGCUCCUUUUUAGCUUGAGACCCUGCCCCUAGAAAAUGUCUGGGACCUGGGACAGGUGUGAAAGUCUGAAGGCAUCUGGUGGCAGUGGAUGGGCAGAAGGGAGGGACAGAGGGGCACAAUGUGACACUGAGGUUAGUUUUAUUGCGCCGCUUUGCCAAAUCUAGUAAAAAAAACAAUUCAAGCCAGAAAUUCUGAAAGUCAUCCCGCUCUGUAUCUAAAUGGAUUGAAGACAUUAAGCUUUUGAUUUUGCUCAAUAGAAAGUAUUUUAUUUUUAAUGUUCAUGUUUCCCUUUAAACAAGCUGCCUAAAUAAGUCCAAAUCAAGCACUCCAUCGUUUAGUUAACUGUAUAAAAAUCUAUAAGUGGCCUUUCAUGUUGACUUUUGUUUCAGUUAAAUUCUUACAGAUUAUCUUGCUUUACUUAACACUACAUCUUUUAUGAUAUUUUGCUCUGAGCAUACAUAGUUCUGACUUCUAUUUAUUCAUAUUUCCCACCGGUAUUAUUUACUCUCAGACAUGUUAGCCUUGUUUUUGCAGUGAGGCAUCCUGAAGCAAAUAAAAUCCAGUUGCAACAGCAAACAGCCUCAGGGCCAUCUUUAGAGAUAACAGCAAUGCAGCACGUGACAAACUGGAGACAAAACAAACACAAAAAGACAUUUGCAGCUGUGGGGUUUGUGCAGAAAAUUACUCUAUUCUGUAAUCAGUGAGUGUCUUCAGUGGGAGAAAAGAUAAAUCCUUCAGAUUGCUCAAGGAUCCACACAUAAGUCUUUUCCAACGUUCUGUGAUUUCAGCCUUAUGUCAUCAUUUUGUAAUAACACCUCUUCUUUAAUCCAGCCUGCAGGUGGAUAAGCAAUAAAGAUGCAGGUGGCAUUAUCAUUUGGUGAUAAAAUAACUCCAGCCUUUAAUGACAGCUGUAGGUUCCAUCAAUUGGACCAAUUCAGUUGAAAUUGCAGUGCAAUAAAAGUAUCAAAUGCCAACAUUCAGCCCCGGGCAGCAUUUAAUAUCUUGAGUAUAUUGCAUACAAAACUUCCUGAGCCCGAGAGCACAGUCAGCAACAUGAAAACGAUAACCGAAGCCAGGCUGUAAACCACUGCUAUGCUCUCUGAUCUCGUGUCCAAAGGGCAGAUAGAAUCCAGUGGUGCAGUAAUGACAGAGUGAGCUGUUAUUAUUGCUGAAAGUGAGUCCAAACACAGCUAAUGGCGGAUAUUGAGGAAUGGGGGAAGCCUGUGGAGAGGAGAGGGAGAUUAACUGUGGUGCUGGCACUGGCAACACUCAUAUCUGCAUUUGGUUCUUCAUUCCAGUACGGUUAUAAUGUGGCUGUUAUCAACUCUCCAUCUCCGUUCAUGCAGCAGUUCUAUAAUACCACCUACCUGGAGCGCUAUGGCAGCCCAAUGGAGGACAACUUCCUCACUCUGCUGUGGUCUCUCUCUGUGUCCAUGUAUCCGCUUGGAGGCUUCUUUGGCUCUCUGAUGGUGGCCCCUCUGGUCAACAAACUAGGGAGGAAGGGCACCCUCCUCUUCAACAACAUCUUCUCCAUGGUCCCUGCUGUGAUGAUGGGAGUCAGUGAGAUUGCCAAGACCUAUGAGAUCAUCAUUGUGGCUAGGUUUAUAGUUGGGAUCUGUGCAGGCCUCUCGUCCAACGUGGUGCCCAUGUAUCUGGGAGAACUCUCUCCCAAAAACCUGAGGGGAGCCCUUGGCAUCGUACCACAGCUCUUCAUCACCAUUGGCAUCCUCAGUGCACAAGUGUUGGGCAUCAGAAAUAUACUUGGCAACAGCACAGGUUGGCCCCUCAUGCUGGGUUUGACCGGUAUCCCUGCCCUGAUAGAGCUCUUGCUGCUGCCCGUCUUCCCAGAGAGCCCCAGGUACAUGCUCAUCCAGAGAGGAGAUGAGAAGACAGCAAAGAAAGCACUACAGCGUCUGCGUGGCUGGGAAGACGUGGAUGCAGAACUGUCAGAGAUGCGUCUGGAGGACCAGUCGGAGAAGGCCGAGGGCCACCUGUCUGUGCUCAGCCUGCUGUCCCAGCGCUCGCUUCGCUGGCAGCUAGUCUCCAUCAUCAUCAUGAACAUGGGCCAGCAGCUGUCGGGGGUCAAUGCGAUCUACUACUAUGCAGAUAACAUAUAUGCCACUGCAGGAGUCAAUCAGAAUGACAUCCAGUACGUCACUGUGGGAACAGGUGCAGUGAAUGUCUUCAUGACCAUAGCUGCUGUCUUCAUCGUGGAGGCCUCGGGAAGACGGCUGCUCCUCCUCUGUGGGUUUGGGAUCUGCUGUGGAGCCUGUGUGCUGCUUACUGUUGCUCUCACCUUCCAGGAGAGCGUGACGUGGAUGCCCUACGUCAGCAUCACCUGUGUCAUCAUCUACGUCAUAGGACAUGCCAUAGGACCCAGUCCCAUUCCUUAUGUGGUGACCACUGAGAUGUUCAGGCAGUCGGCCAGGCCCGCUGCCUUCAUGGUCGCAGGCUCUGUCCACUGGCUCUCCAACUUCACUGUUGGCCUCAUCUUCCCCUUCCUAGAGAGAGGUCUGGGCUCCUACAGCUUUAUAAUUUUUUCCUUCAUCUGUCUGGUCACACUGGUCUACAUCUGGCUGGUGGUCCCAGAGACCAAGAACAAGACCUUCCUGGAGAUAAGCCAGAUGUUCGCCAAGAUGAACAAAGUGGAGAUCAAACUGGGUGAUGGGGAUCUACCACUGAAAGAGAGCAAAGAAAGCCUGGAGGAUGCAGAGAGGGUCACAGCCUUCUGAAGAAAAUGAGAGCAUUCAAAGGAGAGGAAGUCUUCGCUCUUGGGGGGUAUUGUAAUGGACUGGAAAUGUUUUAAUUUAGACUCUAUUUUUAUUGUACAGGGAAUCCUCACACAAUCUCCUUUUGUACAGUUUGUUUGUAGCUGCUAUUGGAAAAAAUAAGAUCUUUGUUCAAUUUAAUGCCAUUAAACUUGAUGUGUGCACUACAUGCA